UUGGCAUAUAAGGUGAGGCCACCAAGUACCUGUUACUGUCUUCUGAGACUGGAACAGCGUCACGUCUUCACUGAAGAUUUCUCCUGUUUUUUUCCUGUUCUACUUUCUUUCAUUCCUGGAAAUGGCUCCCAAGCGGUAAGUCAAGAUUAAUUUUAUAGUUCACAGUGUAGUUGCUCAAUGUAGUAAGAGUAUACCCAUUUACCCAAGCUGACAUUUAAAGCAUAUUUUCUGAUGGCUCCCAAACUUCUCCCUGAGUAAAGCUUUAAAUUAAGUGAAGAAUGUCUUUUUCUAUUUGCAGCAAACCCAUCAGACACCCUCUGCUGUGUCCUGUGUGCAAGAGACCCCAGAAUUGCCUUUCCGUACAUCUGCGCAAGGUCUGCAUGAAGACCGAUACACGUGAAGCCAUAAAAGCAGUGGUGAAGAAGGAAAAAAGGAACCUCUAUGAGCUUGAGUCUUCUGGCAGGGUGUUCAGCCAAGCGCUCCUUCUGCAAAUUAUGGAUGAUACUGAUCCACUGAGCAGGAUGACUGAGGAGCUGCAGCGUCGGCACAUAGUGGUGACUGGUGUCCCUCCACCACCGCCUAAUGCCAACGUUGUGGGAGCGACCACACAGCAACCCCAGAGUGUGGCCGCUGAGGCAGCUGAGAGCGAGGCUGAGAGCGAGGCCGCUGAGGCAGCUGAGAGCGGGGCUGAGAGCGGGGCUGAGACUGCCUCUGUCAGCAGUAGCGAGACCUUUCAAUGUAACCCAGAUGUGCAGCGGAAGAAGGUUGCCAGGAAGCUCAUGGCAGAGAAGGGCCUUUAUGAGAAGCACUCCAUGGACUAUCCGUUGCUGAAGGACUUUGCCACAUACCUGGAGAAAGACCUCCAAAAUGAAAAUUACAAACAGGAGGUUGACAACGUUGCUCGUUUCCUGUACUACGCGGACCCACAGGCCCCAUCCCUGGAGUUCGUCAGGAACAGGGAAAAGAUCUCGCAGUACCUCCGUGAGCUCUCUGAGGCAAAGCUGACAAAGCAAACUCAGCAGAAUUAUCUCAAGAGCUUGAAAAGAUUCCUGUCGUACCAUACAGUCAACACCAACCUGAGGCACGUGGAUCGGCCUCUCUUUGAGGACUGCAAGCACUUCAUUGAGUUCAUUGGGUCUCUGCAGAAAUGCUGCCCCAAGCAAGUGAGCAAAGAGAUCACCCAAAAGAGCAUGUUGACUGAGCAACAACAGCUGACACCACAUGACUGCUUGGCUGUGCUGAGGGCUGCCAAGAAGGACUUUAUGGCAGUUGUGUCGAAGGUCUUUCUGGACAAAAAUGUAAUCCUGGAGAUGGCUGAGUGCAGCCUUGUGGUGUACUACCUCCAGGCAGUGGUCAUCCUAAAGCACCUCCAGCGACCAGGCGUGGUGACGCACAUGACUGUGCAGGAGUGGGAGGCACGUACGAGAGACAGUUCAGGCAACGUCAUUAUUGGUGUUAAAGGGCACAAGACAGCCGCACAGCAAGUUGCCACUUUUGCCCUGUCACAGGAGGAGGAGCGUUGGUUUGAUAUGUACUACACACGAGUGCGGCCACAACUCCUCAAGUCCCCUAAGAAGCACAAGCGGGACGAGUCAGGUGAUGAUGAGGAACAGGAACAUUUCUUCAUCUCCACCACGGGGAGGCCGAUCUAUAAUUCCUCCAAAGACCUGAAACGGCUGCACUCAAAAUACAAGCUCAAGCCAGUGACCAACCAAGAGGCACGCCGAGUCUUCGAGACGGCCACAAAGACAAUGACUGACGCAGAGAAGUCUCUGGUGGCCGACUACCUCACCCAUUCCACUGCGACGGAGGAGAACCAUUACCGCAUGAAGCAGCCGGAGACCAUAGUGAUGGCCAAUCAACUGCUGGCUAGGCUUGCUGGUGACUCAAGUGUUGAGUCUGCAGAUGAGGGUCCCAGUCAUGCUACCCGUGGCGCUGCUCGCGAUGUUGCCCACAAGCCUGCCUGUGCUACAAAUGUGCAGAUGGAUGUACAAGCAGCAUUUGACCGUCUGCUGGAAACGCACCCGGUGACUCUGGACGGGGACGUGCCAAACAAGACAGAGCGCACGAAGGUGUCACAAGACUUGCAGCGGCAGUUGUACGAGCGUUGGCUGAAGGCACAGAUGAAACUGCGCGUGCAGCAUGUUCUCUCAUACUUCUGCCGACGUCUCCCAACUGAGAACCGGGUCAGCACCUGGAUUUCUAAGCAGGGAUGGAAGAGCAACCUCCCCACCUCUGCCAGAAUCAUCAAGGAGUGGAAGCCCUCAGGAUCAGUGGACAUUCCAGACACAUCCAGAUAAUGACAAGUUCUCAGAAGUGGAGAGGACUACGGGUGACUGAGAUAGAGGGGAAAGGCAAGGGUGUCGUUGCCACUCGCAGAUUUCAGACCGGUGAGGUGGUCUGUGAUUACCAUGGGAGGGUGAUCACAGCCAAAGAGGGCCACGCCAUACACCAGAACACCAGUGAGGAGGAGACUGGAUAUAUGUUUUUCUACACCAAUCAAGAAGGACAGCCCAUGUGCAUCGAUGCACAUUCUGCUUUUUGUGAGUGCCACCCCGAAAUGCAGACUGUUGGAAGGUUCAUCAAUCAUUCGCAGAAAAAAGCCAAUCUCAAGCCCAGGUUUUAUGCAGGGGACGACAAAGAAGUCAUUCUUUUCCUCGCCACCAGGGACAUUGAGGUGAAUGAGGAACUCCUUUUUCACUACGGCGUGGGCAAAAAGUCCUUUCGGGGAGAGGGCUUGGACCUUUCUUGGCUCUCUUAGACUUGGAGUCUCCAGAACACUGAGGUGUACUUCGGCCGAAGUCUACCAACUGAAAAGCGGGUCAGCGCCUGGAUUUCUAAGCAGGGGUGGAAGAGCAACCUCCACCUGGCCUGCAUUUUCAAGGCCUGUUUUCAGGUCCUGACCCAAGGACAUUGUUAGACUGCAAAGCCAUGCUUGUAAAACCAACUUGAAUCGUUGUAUUACUGUAAGAUUAAUCCAUGAGGCCUGGAUGUUUAAAUCCAGUGCUGAUUUGAUUCAGAGCUGGCCAACCCUUUUCCCUCUUUCCUUGCUCCUUCCUCUCCCCCUGCUGUCUCCUCUCUUUCCUUGGUCCUUCCUCUCCCCCUGCCCCCCACUUUCCUUGCCCAAAGUUGCUCCAGUGUGGCUUUUAUUUCACUGUUUUAAUCAUGAACAACUGUUAAUACAUUUUAGCCCCCUCUCUUUAUUUUCUUUUAGUCAUUGGGGUCACCUCCUCUGAAACGGUGAUGUUGGACUCUAGUUGAGUCCAGUCUAGUAUUGGUGCACUUUCUAUAUAUAAGAAAUUCUCUGUACAGAAAACAAUAAAGUGGAAGUGCUUAAACUUUA